AUGUAUGCCGCUCUUUACUUUCAGCUGAUCAGAAUCGUCCUUGAGGAUGUAAGCGCUCGAGGUGACUGGCAAGGUAAUGCCAGAGAACAAAUCGGUAUGUACACCAGAAGUUCCUCACAACUGGAGGCGAAGAACAUCGUGAUUGUCAUCGUCCUGUCAACGGUGUCGGCAUUCUUGGCUGCCCUUCUCAUCAGCGCGAUUCUCUGUAUGGUACGGCCCUUCAACAAGAGUCAGCAAAACCAUCACCAUUCUGUCGGCCGCGGCGUUAACAUAUACGACCAUACUAUUAAUCAGACUCCAAAGUCUAACAACGGCGGCAAAUUCAGUUACCAUCCCAGCCCCUCCCUUUUGAUACAAACAAUGGGACGUGGUCAGACUAUAUCCCCAGAACGUGAUGAGACAACGCCAAUGACACUUAUGUCAGGAUCAGUGGAUCGAUGCUCAGCAGUUGACGGUGCCUGGAUUGUGGGAACAGCUAAUCUAUUCGGGACGUACGACCCCUACGCACCUGGUAAUAGUGUACAGGACUCAAAAGAGUCCCUGCGGCUUCAGACAGCCGAUAGAAUGGUGAGUAGCUGUGCCAACUACUUCUGUUUGAAAUUUCCCGCCCCACGUUUUGGAUUCAUGGAGCAGUCUCACGGAAAAAGAGAACGGGUCAAAUCAAAUUAG